GGGGAGGGGCGUCGUCGACUGCAGAGUCUUGCUCUACCAGCCUCCAAGAGCGCAGGCUUGCUGUCAGGGUGACCCCACCUCGCUUUUUGUUGGUUAAACAAUGCCUCCUCUUGUAUUUAUUACAUGCGCAGGAUCAAGAGUUUGGUAUACCUUCUGCUAUCUGCGCCCCAUUUUGACGGGACACUUGUGUUAUCCUCGGUCCGGAAACAAGUGAAAUCUGCCUUGCGAGGACACUCUUUCUCUUUGGAGAACAUUGACUACAGAGGUAGACCGUGUUUGGGAAGAAACAAAAGAAGCAAAGUGGCGUGCUCUGCACCGAGAGCCUGGAUGGCACUCUUCCCUUACACUUCAGCCGCCUUGGCUCUCAUGGAGCUGAGCGACAUGACGACGGCAGCUUUCUGGAUGUCUUGGCACCCAUUUCAACUGGCUGUUGCGUGAGACUUCAUGCAGCGCUGUGCCGCCAGAUGAUAAGAGCUGUACACAUCUCCAAUCAUGGUGUACCCCCAAUACUUCGAGAUUCCGCUUUUGAAGGAUGGGUGUGGGCACACCAGUGUUGUUGGCUGGUUCUGCUGCCUCUUGUGCAUGGUGACAUGUCGAGAGCCUUAUGGGGAACGGCAGAUAAGUAGCUGCACAAUUCCAUUACCGUCUGUUGCGAGCUGAGGUCAGCAACCUGAAGAUUCCAAAAGAAAUAGAAAUGUCUCCUGGGUAUUUUGCCCCAGCGAGCCCCAGGGGCCAAAGAUUUGAUGAGGAUGUCCCUUUGACACCAGUUACAUCGCCAGGCUACAGGAAAUCUCUCCCUUCUCCUCUCAUCAACGACGUGUUUGGGUCGACUCAUUCAAAGUCCCAUUCAAGGAACUGGAGCAGCAGCACCAGAGUUACCGUGACCGGUGACGAUUUUGAGGAUACAGAUCACCUUGUGGCGGAAAAGACGAGGUCUAGAUUCAUCUCAAACGAAUCCUGGUUUCUUGAAAUUCUGUGCUUAUUGAUAGGAGCCUUGUCUUUCGGAGCAAAUGUUGCUCUUCUUGCAGUCUUUCAUGAUAAUCCACUCCCGCAAUGGCCCGUUGGAAUCACCUUAAACACACUAAUCGCGCUUAUCUCUGCCAUCACCAAUGCCUCCUUGGCAGUACCUUUGGCCAGUGGAUUGGGCCAACUGAAAUGGAACUGGUUCAAGCGGAAGGCUUCGCCCCUGACCGAUAUGGAACUGUUUGAUGAAGCAAGUCGUGGUUCUUGGGGAGCUAUUAGACUGCUCUCUUCGGGUCGUGGGGGGUACAUCGGACUGUUCGGUGCUUUCAUUACAAUUGCUGCGCUCUUCCUAGGCCCCUUCUCCCAACAAGUUGCGACAUAUCCGACCAGAGAAGUAGUUUCCAAUCAACUGGCUAGUGUCCCAGCGGCGCUCAACUAUACACCAGCGCUUCCAGGAAAUUCUGGCUCAACUGGAUUUGUUCCCAUUCUGCCAAUGAAAUCGGCUGUCUUCCAUGGACUUUUCAGCGAGUCGGGUUUAGCACAACCAAAGCCAGUCUGCCCUACAGGAAAUUGUACAUAUCCACCUCUUACAACUCUCGCUACUUGUAGCACCUGCGUAGACAUCCGAUCUGUGAUGAUGCAGUAUUGUGCUGAAGACGAAGCUGACGCCUCCAAUUGUGGAUGGCAGGCAAUAGGGGCCAAAUUGCAGAGCUCUAACGAUGCAUUCAGCAUGACUACAUUCAUACCAUCCAAGUCCGGAAAUAUGCCUCAUUCCAAUAUCAUGAAGUUUGUCUUCAUGGGGACCGAAUCCAGGAAUGGAACCGCUGGGGAUCUGCAACCCUGGGCAACUCAAUGCACGCUUGAAUACUGUGCUCAGAUCAUCAACUCCAAAGUAGUCAACGGCAAAUUGACAGAGAAUGUGACCUCUGAGAUUCGCAAUACGACAGUGGUUGAUACAUCUAACAGCAUGGGUAAAGCUGAAAUAGUCAUCAUGACCCCAGAUAAUACCUCCGUCUUCAUCAGCGAGCCAGCGGCUCUUGGAAUUCAAUCUUGGUUCACGACACUGUUCUCAAACGGAUCAGCAUCUCGGAAUUCAGACUUCCAAUCACUCGACCCAGACGCCCUAGUCGUCGUCAAUCUCACUGUUGGAAUCUCAAGUGGCACAACCUACUUUGAUACUGACAUAAUCCAGACAUUCUACUGGGACUACUACGAGUAUAAUGACGGAAUACCUCAAGCGAUGAAAGAGUUGGCAACAGCAAUGACAGUAGCCUUCCGUUCUUUCAAGUCGGUAUCUAUUUACGGAGAAUCGACGAGCACACAAACAUAUGUGUACGUUCAAUGGAUCUGGAUUAUACUCCCGCUGUUUGUCGUUGGUGCCACUGCCGUCUUUCUGGUGUUGGCGAUGAUGAGUACGACUCGCAACGGGACCGAGCUGUGGAAAGGUAGUGCGCUGGCCAUGCUAUUCUAUGGGCUUGAUCAUGCCACGAAAGUUCAGUUUGGUACCGAAGGAGGGUUCGACGAGAAAAAGAGGAGGAUGAGAAGUCUCAGGGUUUACUUGGACGAGGACAAGAACUUUGGGAACGUGCUGAGAUCGUGAUGUGCGAACAGGGUCAUUUCGAUGUUUGUAGUGGUGGGAUAUAUUUUCUGUUCGUUUGAGCCUAUAGCUUGGGAAACAUAAGCAUUAUGCGAUUUUAAUGUCAUAAUCUAAUGUUAAAUCCAUGG